AUGGUCAACGGGACCAUCUCCAUCCUCCAAAAGCUCCGCCCGAAAGACUCGAAGACAGACCUGCUCUUUGUCGGAACGGAGCGUUUCGAAUACUUCACACUCGCGUGGAAUCCCGAAACGUCACAGCUCCAUACGAUAGACCCUUUCACAGACCCGGGCGAGCGUCACAUGCGAGACUCGCAGAGCCAGGAUCGAUGUUUAGUCGACCCGUCGGGCCGAUACUUGGCGAUGCACCUCUGGGAAGGGGUGUUGACCAUGCUGCGGUUGGGGGAAAGAAAGAACAAGAGGGGUUUGGCAUGGAUGGAUCAGGUCCGGCUAUCCGAGCUCUUCAUCAAGGCGAGCACCUUCCUCUAUACGGAAACGGGACACCCCAAGAUUGCCUUCCUCUACCAGAGCCGGGCCGACUCGGCCGACGCGAAGCUGGCAACAUACCGCAUGACGAUCGACGACCGGAACACCGAGGCCUCGAAGUUUGACCCCGACAGGGACAGGGAGAUCGACACCGAUAUACCCGAUCCCAGCGCAUCCAUCUUGAUACCCGUGCGGAAGGUCGAGGAGGAAGUCAAGCGACACAACGUCCGGAACGUCGAAUCGGCCAAGGCGCAUAUCGGGGGGCUACUAGUCGUGGGCGAGACGAGGCUGCUAUACAUUGAUGAGGUCACGAAGGCGACGGUACAAUCAGCUCUAAAACAGGCGUCCAUCUUCGUUGCCUGGGCCGAGUACAACGAGACCAAUUAUUUCUUGGCCGAUGAUUAUGGGAACUUACAUCUGCUCACCUUGGUUAGGGAAAGCCCGGAUAGCGUUGUGGUGACGAGCAUGGAGGUCAACCGCAUCGGGAAGACGUCUCGCGCAAGCCAUCUCGUGUUUCUUGGGGGUGACAUGCUGUUCGUUGCGUCACACUAUGGCGACAGCCAAUUGUUCCGGCUGGAUUUCCAGAAUGAGGACGUCCCCCCGAUACAACUCGUUCAGACGCUCGCCAACAUUGGCCCCAUCUUGGACUUUGCAAUCAUGGACAUGGGCCGAGGCGAUGAAGGCCAGCAAGGGAACGAAUACUCGUCGGGCCAGGCCCGGAUCGUCACAUGUAGCGGCGUACACAAGGACGGGUCGCUUCGGAGCGUACGAAGCGGCGUUGGCCUGGAGGAUGUGGGCAUCCUCGCCGAUUUAGAGCACUGCCGGGGAUUGUUUUCUCUCAAGACUUAUGAGGCCCCCAAAACCAAUAUUCUGGCAGCAUCCUUCUUGACGGAGACGAGGGUGUUCAAAUUCGAUCCUCAAGGCGAAGUGGAGGAGUUAGACUCGUUCGCCGGCAUGACAUUCAAUCAGCAAACACUGUUGGCGAGGUGUCUCUCGACGGCGCAAAUCCUUCAGGUCACCCCGGCCGCCGUCACACUUCUGGACGCUGAAAGUGGUCUCACGAUAGAUUCGUGGACGCCCGGCGCUCAGAAGAGCAUCAUAAGCGCGUCGGGAAACAACAAGUCCCUUCUGCUGUCUGUAGACGGCACCGAGCUCGUGUUGUUUAGCAUUGACAUUAACCUACGGCUCGUGCGCACAAAGGAGAUUGGUUACCAGGACCAGAUUGCUUGCAUCCAUGUUCCACCACUACGGAACGAUCUCGCCGUGGUGGGUUUCUGGUCAUCCGGAACCGUCUCCAUCAUCGACUUACCAUCACUUGAGCCUAUGCACGGAGAGCAGCUCCGCACAUCCCCGGAUGACGCCUCGAUCCCCCGUGAUCUCGCUCUUGUAAAGCUGCUAGAUAACGUGGGCGGAGGAACGUUGUUCGUCGCUAUGCAAGAUGGUAACGUCAUCACCUUCAACCUCUCCGAAAACUUCAGGCUCACCGGGAGGAAACGCGUCAUUCUGGGCAUGCGCCAGGCGCGAUUUCAUCUCCUCCCGCAGCCCGACGCACCACACAUUUACAGUAUCUUUGCAACCACAGAACACCCCAGUCUUAUCUACGGCUCCGAAGGGCGGAUAGUCUACUCGGCGGUAACAGCCGAGGAAGCGACCUACAUCUGCCCCUUCGACACGGAAGCCUUCCCAGACUGCAUCGUCCUAGCCACCGAUAACCAGCUCAAGAUCUCCCACAUCGACCGCGAGCGCCGCACCCACGUCAAACCACUACCCAUGAACGAGAUGGUGCGCCGCAUCGCCUACUCCCCCAAAGAAAAAGUCUUCGGCCUAGGGUGCAUCCGGCGCGAACUCGUCAACGGCGAGGAAAUCGUCGAGUCGUCCUUCAAGCUCGUCGACGAGGUCAUCUUCGACCGGGUCGGCAAGACGUUCCCGCUCGGCGUCCCGUCCCGCACGGAGCUCGUCGAGUGCGUCGUGCGCGCCGAGCUGCGCGACUCGUACGGCAACCCGGCCGAGCGCUUCCUCGUCGGCACCAGCUUCCUCCCGGACCCGGACUACGGCCCGGGCCCCGGCCCCGCCGCCGACGCCCGCGGCCGCCUGCUCGUGUUGGGCGUUGACGCCGACCGCAACCCCUACCUCGUCCUCAGCCACGACCUCAAGGGCGCCUGCCGCUGUCUGGCCGUGCUGGGCGAGGACGCUGGCCCCAACGCCGCAGGGCUCAUCGUUGCUGGGCUGACAAAGACCGUCGUCGUCUGCCGCUAUGAUGAGACUAGCUCCACCACCGCCGAGCUUACUCGUCUCGCUUCGUACCGUCCCUCCAGCUACCCGGCCGAGAUCGCGGUGCGCGGCAGCACCAUCGCCGUGGCCGACUUGAUGAAGUCCAUCUCGCUGGUGGAGUAUAUCCCUGCCGGCAGCAGCAGCGGCAGCGGCGGCGGCGGUAGCGGUAGCGGUGAGAGUGGCAGUGAUGAUGGGCCGCGGCUGGUUGAGCACGCCCGGCACUUUAGCAGCGUCUGGGCUACGGCGGUCGGGUUUGUGGAGGAAGGGAGCUGGCUCGAGGCGGACGCGCAGGGGAACCUGAUGGUGCUGAGGCGGAAUGUGGAGGGCGUCACGGCGGAGGAUAAGCGUCGCAUGGAGGUCACGAGCGAGAUUAAUUUGAACGAGAUGGUGAAUCGGAUACGGACAAUUGAUGUGGAGACUACGCCGGGGGCGAUGAUUGUGCCGAAGGCGUUUUUGGGGACGGUCGAAGGCGGCAUCUACAUGUUUGGAACAGUUGCACCACAUGUCCAGGAUCUACUAUUGCGGUUCCAGUCGAGGCUGGCAGAUGUCCUCAAGACGGCCGGGGAUAUUGAAUUCAGGACAUACAGGGCGUUCAGGAAUGCGGAGCGGGAGGGCGACGGGCCUUUCCGAUUUGUGGACGGGGAGCUACUGGAAAAGUUCUUGGACGUGGAUGAGACGACCCAGGAAGCUGUUUGCAAGGGAUUGGGUCCAACUGUCGAGGACAUGCGCAACUUGGUUGAAGAGCUCCGCCGUAUGCACUAA